UCGUCUUAAACCCGGAAGUGCAGCUCACGUAAGGAUCAGUAAUCUGAUCAUGUGAAACAAUCAGCUGGAUGAUCAAAACAUUUGUGUCAGGAUGUGUUGAGAUGUUUCUGGAGUUUAUGUUAAGCCUGCGGAUCGUCCGUGAGGAAUAAUGUCGGACCCUCGCUCAUUUCUGGGCUGUGUGAGGAGGGGUCUGCGCUUGGACAUGUUUAAGGAUGUUGCUCGUCAAUAUCCGGUCAUCUUCUGCAUCUUCACGGUUAUGAUCUCCUCCACCAUCAUCCUGAACCAGUAUCUCCACAUUCUGAUGGUAUUCUGGUCAUUUCUGGCUGGAUUGAUCACGUUUUACUGCUCCCUCAGCCCAGAAUACCUGCUGCCCAAUAUUCUCAUCUCAAUAAAGCCCAAGAGGAAACCUCAAGAACAACAUGAGUUAUUCCCUCUGGGACACAGUUGUGCAGUAUGUGGGAAAAACCAAUGCAAACGCCACAGGCCUACCCUUCUGCUGGAGAACUAUCAGCCGUGGCUGAACCUGAAGGUGCCUUCCAAAGUGGAUGCCAGCAUAUCAGAGGUUUUGGAGCUAGUCCUAGAGAACUUUGUGUAUCCGUGGUACAGAGAUAUUACAGAUGACGAGGCGUGUGUGGAUGAGCUGAGGCAAACCAUCCGCUUCUUUGCUGCAGUUCUGGCUCACCGAGCACAAAGAGUGGACGUUCCUUCUGUGGUGAUGGACAAGAUGAUGAAAGCGGCUAUGAAGCACAUUGAGAUCAUCGCCAAAGCGCAGCAGAAAGUGAGGAACACAGAUGGUCUCCAGCAGGCCGCGCUGGCUGAGUACGGGGCCGAUCUGCACGUGGCCCUGCGAAGCCGGAAAGAUGAGCUGCUGUACUUGCGGAAACUCACAGAGCUGCUGUUUCUAUACGUCAUGCCUCCCAAAGCCACAGACUGCAGAUCUUUGGCUCUGUUGAUUCGGGAGGUCAUGACCGGUUCUGUUUUCCUCCCAAUAAUGGACUUUGUGGCUGAUCCUGACACAGUGAAUCACAUGGUGCUCAUCUUCAUUGAUGAUUCUCCACCUGAAGCCGUGACGGAUCCUCCAUCUGCCCUGGUGCCCUUCCUGGAGAGGUUUGCAGACCCACGCACUAAGAAGUCGUCGGUGCUGAAGCUGGAUCUGAAGGAGAUCAGGGAGCAGCAGGAUCUGUUGUUUCGCUUUAUGAGUUUCCUGAAGGAGGAAGGAGCGGUGCACGUCCUGCAGUUCUGCCUCACUGUCGAGGAGUUUAAUGACCGGAUCCUCUGUCCUGAUCUGAGCGACGACGAGAAGCAGCGUCUGCACGAGGAGGUGAAGAAGAUCUACGAGACGUACUGCCUGGAGGAGAGCAUCGACAAGAUCAGCUUCGACCCCUUCAUCAUCGAGGAGAUCCACAGCAUCGCUGAGGGCCCAUACACCGGCGUGGUGAAGCUCCAGACCAUGCGCUGCCUGUUCGAGGCCUACGAGCAUGUGCUGUGUCUGCUGGAGAAAGUCUUCACCCCCAUGUUCUGCCACAGUGAUGAGUAUUUUCGACAUCUGCUCUGCGGCGCUGAGUCUCCAGCUAGAAAUUCAAAGCUCAACAGGAAUUUGAGUUUGGAUGAUUUAAGACUUGACAUCAUCCCUUUGAGCAGAAAUAAUGUCACUAGCAACAGGUCCCCAUUGGUCAAUGCCCGAGCCACAUCCACGUCCAACAACACACGUCGGCCCACAGUUUUACCAGCACUUCCCAGGAAGAACACGUCAAAGCGUGGCGAGUCGUUUGGGAUUAGCCGUAUUGGCAGCAAGAUUAAAGGUGUGUUUAAGAGCAGCACAAUGGAGGGUGCGAUGCUUCCACAAUACGCCAUGAUUGAAGGAGAAGACGACACGGUGGAGGAGGCCGUCAUGGUGUUUGAGGACGACUCUCCAGGGCCCAUGGAUGCGGUCGGUACUCCGGGAACACUGCGCAACCUCUCCGCUUGGACCAUCUCUAUCCCUUAUGUGGAUUUAUAUGAUGAUGAGGUUAAGAAAGAGCGUAUUCCAGUCUUCUGCAUCGACGUGGAGCGAAACGAUAGGAAAAACGUGGGACAUGAGACUGAGAGCUGGUCUGUGUACAGAAAAUACGUGGAGUUUUAUGUGCUGGAAUCUAAACUCACAGAGUUUCACGGCCCAUUCCAGGAUACUCAACUACCCUCCAAAAGAAUCAUUGGACCAAAGAAUUAUGAGUUCCUGUCCUCUAAACGAGGAGAAUUUGAGGAAUAUUUACAGAAACUUCUGCAUCACCCUGAGCUGAGUAACAGUCAGCUGUUGGCUGACUUUCUGUCUCCAUUCAGCAUCGAGUCUCAGUUCCGUGACAAAAUGCUGCCAGAUGUCAACCUGGGAAAAAUAUUCAAGUCAGUGCCAGGAAAACUAAUCAAAGAGAAAGGGCAAAACCUGGAGCCGUUCAUCCAGUCGUUCUUCAGCUCGUGUGAAUCCCCUAAACCCAAACCCAGCCGGCCGGAGCUCACCAUCCUCAGCCCCACUGCUGAAAACAACAAGAAGCUGUUCAAUGAGCUGUACAGAAACAAUGCCAACCUGCCGGAGGGUCUGGAGAAAAAACACAACCAGAACUACUUCAUGGAGCUGAUGGAGGUGGAUGGAGCCUACGACUACAUGAUGUACAUAGGUCGUGUGGUCUUCCGGAUGCCAGACUGGCUGCAUCACCUACUGAGUGGCGUCCGUAUUCUCUUGAAGAGGACACUAGAGGCCUACGUAGGGCACUACUUCCAGUAUAAACUAGAGCAGAUCAUGCAGGAGCACCGGCUUGUCUCCCUCGUCACCCUGCUGAGAGAUGCGGUUUUCUGUGAGAGCACGGAGGAAAGAUCUCCUGAAGACAAACAGAGACGAGCCAAGCAGACCUUUGAGGACAUGAUGAACUACCUGCCAGAUAUAGUAGGGAAGUGUAUCGGCGAGGAAGCAAAGUACGAGGGCGUCAAGAUGCUUUUCAAUGCAGUCCAGCAGCCGCUACUCAACAAACAGAUGACGUAUGUGCUGCUUGACAUCGCCAUCCAGGAGCUGUUCCCGGAGCUCAGCAAGAUUCAGAAGCAAGGUCUUUCUGUCUCCACUAGAUGGAAGUGAAACAUCUUGAAGUAUCUUUAUUAAAAUCUUCUAAGAAUACAUUUAUUUAUUGACUUUAUUGGGGUCGUUUGACAUGAUUGAAUCAUUGGAACUCAGCCUUAUUUUUUACACUUGUGUUUAUAACUGGAUUCGAAAUGUCAUCAGCGGUAAAACUGUUUUACACUCUAAAGAAAUUCUAAAAACAAAGACCAAACCAUACAGGAAUUGAGACAUUUCAUCUUGUUGUCAUGCAGUUCAGAUUUGAGUGCAGAAUUAAAGUCUUUUAGUGUGUAAA